UGGGCCCCAGGACAGUCGAGGCGGUCUCGCCCCUCCCACAGGCCGGCCCCGAAGGCGACACAGCCCAGGCUUCCUCAACGCCUCGGACUCAAGUCCAAGAAGAGCACCGGGUGGCGCGGAGGUGGGUGCGGGGCCCAGCGACCGGCCUAGGCGCUCUCGCCGCGCCACAUCCCGAAGCCGGAAGCCGCGCGCCGCCGCCGCCGCCAACGCCCGCCAUGAGCGGCCCUCUACGGCCCGGCCCGACCAGCUGGCGGCGGGCGGCCUCCGUCAUACUGGCGGCCGGCUGGACGCGCCCGGGCGCCGCCGCCCCGUCGCCGCCGCCGCCCGCCGAGGGCUUCCGGAUGCUGCUGCUGCAGCGCUCCGCCAGGCAAGGCUUCAUGCCCAGCGCGCACGUCUUCCCGGGCGGCGUGCUGGACGCGGCCGACCGCUCGGCCGACUGGCUGCGCCUCUUCGCGCCGCACCAAGGGCCGCCGCGCUUCGGCCUGGGCCCGGAGCCGCCCCAGCGCGGAAACCCCUCUCCGGUGCCGCCCGACGGCGACGCCGGGGCGCUGCCGAAUGACGUGGCCUUGCGCAUCUGCGCCAUCCGCGAGGCCUUCGAGGAGGCGGGGGUGCUGCUGCUGCGGCCCAGGGGCCCCCGGCCGGCCGGCGCCCGCGGCGGGGCGGCUCCGGAGCAGCCGGGCCGCGCCCUCGAGCCGCCGCCGGGCCUGGCCGACUGGCGCGCCAGCGUCCGCCGCGACGCGCGCGACUUCCUGCGGCUGUGCGCGCACCUGGACUGCACGCCCGACAUCUGGGCGCUGUACGACUGGAGCGUGUGGCUCACGCCGUUCUUCAGCCAUGGCCACGGCUACAACCGCAGCCGCCGCUUUGACACGGCCUUCUACCUGUGCUGCCUGCGCGAGCCGCCGCUCGUCUGCCCCGACUCGGCGGAGGUGGUGGGAUCCCAGUGGUCCUCUCCUUCAGAGGCAACCAGAAGUUUAAUCUCAAAGGAGAUUUGGCUGCCUCCACCACAGUUCUACGAAAUCAGAAGACUUGAGAACUUUGCCUCCCUGUCUGACUUGCACAUCUUUUGUUUGGACCGUGCAUUGGAAGGAGUGGAAAGAUGGCUGCCCAUCAGCUUGUUAACUGCUGAUGGGGUGGUCCAGCUUUUACCUGGGGAUGAGCUAUACUUGAAAGAUUCAGACUUUUUAGAAAAAGUUUUGUCUACUGAAAAAAGUAUAGAAGAAGUCAUGAGGGAAGGCAAGAAAUUUCACCGAAUAGUGAUCCACAGCCGCCAUCAGUAUAGCCUUCACGUGACCAUUCAGCCGCAGUACAAGCACAUCUAUCCCAAGAACUACGUGGCGAGUAAGAGCCACUUGUAGGGCGCCGCUCGUUGGCACGCUGGCCUGCUCGAGGUGGUGCUAAUAACAAUGAGAGUUGAUUAAACUUACUUGAAAUGUAAGAAACCUGUAAAAGUUCUGAUGCAGUGAUUCUUAGCUCUCUUGCUUUUUUUUUUUUCUGUAAACCUUACAAUAUGGCACAAGUAUAAAGUUUAUAAAGUAUUAAUGAUCUUGCUACCAAGAAUUCCAUGGGCGAUUUCUCAUCUCAGAAGUUUAAAUAAGAUGUUCGACUGCUGUUGUUCUGCUGGGCCACUGUAUUUGCACUUUCUUUCCCAAGGUGCUUUACAGAGUAACCCACGAGUUCCUCACACUUGCUGCUGGGAAUUAACUAAAAGGAUGUGUGAUUGGACGGUGAGCAGUUGACUGCGACAGCCUCCAAAUGAUGAUGUCACUGUUUUCUUUCGCAUUUUAUCUUGUCGAUUAACAUGCAAUAAUACAGUUGUACAAGGAAAUCUAUUUUAGUUAGUAUUUUAAAGAAAUAUGAAGCCAUAACAAAAGCCAUCACUGUUUUUACUCCAGAGUGGUAGUUAAUGAAUGCAGAGAAGUUAGAGAGAUGUGGUAUUUAAUUAAUGAGUUUUAUUUUUGGUACAUUUAAUAUAAGUAUUUUUCACCUCCUUUUGGAGAGGAAUGUUUACUGAUUAAAGGUGAGAAAUGAUCAUUCUUUUUCAAGAUCUUGACUGUAUCAUACAAUUGAUUGCAUUUUUCAUGAAAUGUCUCCAUUCCCUACCAGUAAAAUAAAGA